GCUCGUCGGAAAUAUUUUCACUGGAACCACUGCGCCCCACAGUUGACUCAUGAUUUCCUCGCCAUUCUGCUCAACGGUCCAUAACUUAGGGAGUAUGUUAAAUAAGCAUGCCUUCGGUUUCCACACCUACUCGCGCAUAUGAAAUCAUCGGUACCUUGAACGAAGAACCUUGCGUUCAAAUCUCGGAUUUAUUAUUGCGAAACGGCUGCGACGCUCAUUUUACUUAUAAACGCAUGUGCACGAAUGAAAUGUUCCCUUUCCCCAUCAGAGACAGAGUAAUCAGAUUUGAAAACCAACAGACGAAGGAUCCUAGUCUGAUUUUGGAUCCUUUGUCCAGUCAGAAUAUGUUUUUCGCGAAGAAGGUUCCUCCAGUUUCUGACUUGAAUACGAAUGCAGCAGAACUAACUGUUUCCACUGAUUUGUUUCCGUCACGCACUAAUGUCCAGUUUCACUCAUGCAGUUGCUCACCCCCUCCUCCAGCCCUCUCUCCCGCUAGUCUCUCCCCAACUCAUAUUGGCAGCAGUUUGUUCAAUCAAACUUCGUCUCCGUCGCCUCCUGUUAUAGUGGCGGAGAUAGGCACGCAUUCUUCUUCAUCCUCCGGAACAACGUCCGAACGAACAGCUCAUUUGGUUUCGAAGUCGAACUUCUAUCGUUCUCUUUCGGAUAAAGGUAUCCAACCUGGGAACAGUUUGCCGUUCGGCGAUAAGUUGACUGUUGCUCCCAGACUGAGUGCACUGUCUUCGUCCAGUUCUAGCAGCUCCUCAUCCACUUCUUCCUCGUCCGUACUGAACGAUACUGUGGAACAAGUUGGAAAAGGUUUACCUAUAUUGGAGAAAAUGUCCAUUGCACUUGGAUCUCCACGUCUUGUCACUGGUGAUCAACUUCUUGUAACCCAUUCAAAGGAGAAUAAUAUUGGGCCAAGCAAUUCUGGAUUAUUCGUGCAGACAAUGCAGACCGUUGAGAAGACGGUCAAGCUUGACGUCCCGACCCCUAUCCAAGUGAAUGGUGGCGCCGCGGAUGAGGGACCACCCAGUAGCCCAAAGGAGCCUUCAGAAAGCGUUGUUAAAUCAGCUGGUCCGGGCCGCCGUCCUAGGGCUGGGCGACCAAGAAAACGACGUCUAACUACUGUUGGCAGCAGAGUCAACAAGAUCAAGAGAGGCCGGUGCGAUUCAGAUUCGGAUUCCCAGAGUAUCUGGCCUAGUCGACCCUCCCGCGGAAGAGCUACUUCUCUCACUCUUGUCGGAGAACAAAGACGUAGACCUGGAAACAAACGGUAA